GCCAGACAAGUCAACCAAAAGAACUCCUUAGUAGCUAUGGCUUCUCUCGGAUCGAUUUACAGUUAUAUGCCUAACCCUCGGGUUAUGAAGAUUCAAGUUGCUGCGGCAUUGAAUGGCCGAACAAUUGACAUCGCUCCAGACUUUGUCAUGACGAAGACAAACAAAACUUCGGAGUUCUUGACUGACUUCCCUCUUGGGAAAGUUCCAACGUUCAAGAGUUCCACUGGCCUGGCACUGUUUGAGUCGGAUGCGAUAGCCCAGUAUGCAGCGGAAUCUGGCCCAGCAAGCAACCAGCUACUCGGCUCUAUUCCGGAAGAGCGUGCUUCUAUUCGGCAAUGGAUUGGAUUCGCGGAUCAUGAGUUGUUUGAACCUCUGCAGAACAUGGUUUUGUGGCGGUUUGGGAUGGCACCCUACGAUGGCAAGCUUGAGCGAGAUUCAUUUGGGCGCUUCGAAAUCGCGCUUCGUGUAUUGGAAACACACCUGCAAGGUCGUCUGCAUGUUGCUACAGACCACCUGGAUUUGGCUGAUCUCUCAGUUGCGGCGGCGCUCGUCUGGGGAUUUGGUCUUAUCAUCGACAAAGAAAUGAGGACACAUUGCCCCCUCACUGUUGAGUGGUAUUUGCGAGUUAUCGAGCAGGAUCAGGUGAAAAUUGCCUUUGGCGAGAAGGAUUUUAUUGACGUCCGAAAAGAAGCAACCCAAUAG